UGAUUCAAAUCUAGAGUUCAAAACAAAAUUCCGAGCCCUAUUUUCGAUUAGAAACCCUAACCCCAACCAUUUCAAAAUUUUAUUGAUGCGCGAUUUUCCCUUGUUUGUUCGAUUUCCUCAUCGUUGCUUGUGAAGUUGUGUUCCUCUCUGCUCGUGUCGCCGUCGCGCUUGUCGCUGUUCGCGCGCCGUCGUGCUCGUCGCUACUCGCAUUGGCGCAUCGCCGUCGUGCUUGUUCGCUGCUCGCAUCGUCGUCGUGUUCGUUGCUGCUCUGCAUUUCCUCAUCGUUGCUUCUGAAGUUGUGUUACUCGCUGCUCACGUUGCCUUCGUGCUCGUCUCUGCUCACGCGCCGUCGUGCUUGUUGCUGCUCGUGCGCCUUCGUGCUCAUCGCUCUACAUUUUGAACUUCUGAAUUUUGCUCUGCUCGAUUCCAAUUUGCUCGCCUUCUUCUACUUGCGACGUUUUUCUUAGCCCCUGGCUAGGUGCUGAUAUGCUUUGCUCCCCCGUGGUGCUCGUGCUCUUUCCAUCACAGAUAGUCUCCUUGCUUUACUCAGCUUUGUUAUGGCUGAAGUUGAUGAGAAAUUCUGAGUCAUGAUAAUUGCUUGGCUGAUUUAUCUGGAGCAUUGCAUUGUGAUGCUGUUAUGAAUUUCAAGUUCUCUAGAACUAAGUGUUAUCCAGCAGCUGCUGCAAAAAACCGUCACCUAUGUGAGAGUCUUGCUGACAGUUGCUUUCCCAUAAGCCAGGGGCCAUCAGCAAGCCGUCUUCAUGAAUUGUUUAUACACCAGUUUUGUGAUGCUUACACCUGCUCAGGGAAACAGAAGCCUUUCUCUAGAGGAGGCAAGGAGCAAAGUAGUUUCUUCCGCCUGGCUGCUGGAGCAUUGAUCUUGGUGCUACUUCCUGUGUUCUAUCUUUUUCUUUAUCUUGUUCAAAGUGAUAUGAAGGGUCGAACUUAGGAGCUUCGUCGCAUCUCAAAAGCAGGAUGGAAAGGCAAGCCGUCAUGAGUCAUGAAUGUGUCCUUCAUGGACAAUUCUACAAUUCCUAAAGACAAGAAACUGGAGAUCUACACUGCAAAAUAAAAAAAGAGUAACUAGUAAGUGUCCAACAGAGAAGAGUUGAAUCUAAUAAGAAAGCUGAGGUUGGUUGUGUGUUAUGAAGUUAGAGGGUACUGAGAUUUUGAAGUGCAACUAUGCAGCAAGAAACAUCCCCAGAGGUGUGGUCCUGUUACCCUUCACUCUUGUUGUGAUAGUGCUCCUCUUUCCUCUCCUCAGAACCUUGAAUAUAUCAGCUUCUAAGAUAUUUGCCACAAACUUUGAAUCUAAAGAAGAAACAAGAAGGACUAGUUGCAAUGUUUUCUCUGGGAACUAGACUCCUUAUCUGAAGGGACCGUACUACAGCAAUGAGACAUGCCCUUUCAUAUUUGACAAGCAGAAUUGCCUUCUACAUGGAAGACCUGACAGGGAGUUUCUUCAAUGGAGAUAGAAACCUAAUGAGUGUCAGCUUCCUCUCUUUGAUGCUACUCAGUUCUUGAAGAUGGUCAAAGGGAAGUCAAUGGCCUUUGUUGGGGACAGUUCUGUAAGUAAUUAAUUUUACUCUUUAAUUUUGAGCUUAAUCAACAAACCAGUCUAUUAUACCUCGAUUCUUCCCCCAGUUCUGUUCUGUUUUGUUUCAAUUCUUGAAGUGUAUGAAGGAGGCUACACUGACCAAGAAAAAUGAAUUUUAACUUUUUAUAUAUGUGGCAAACUAGCUUGUGAAUCUAGUACAGUAGUUCUCACAAACUUGGAUGAUUACAGUUGAUGAAAGACUCCAGAAGUCUCAGGCAAUUAUUCUGCAACAUGAACUUAAUAUUUAGCCCUUUAUUUGGUUGUAAUCAAACGAAUAAUUAGUAUUCGACCUAUGUGUUAUUGACUUAUUGUGUUUGUCUUCUUUUAAGGCUCUUUCUUUAGUACACUAAGGUUGAAGAAAAUAAUAAUUAAAAUCUUUUUAAGUAAUAUUAUUAUGUUAAUGAUUACAAGGGCAACCCACUAUUGUUAUUGUCAAGAAAUAUUUUUAUUUUAGUGGGCUGACAACUGCUCAUAGCACAUUUCAACACAAGCCCAAAUCAUUUUAGUUUUUUAUUUCAUUCAUGUGCACAACACUAUAACAGAGUAUCAAAUAUAAAUGCUACUAACCAAGUUGG